CGCUUCCGCUUCCGCUUCCCGUCCGGUGCCCGGGCUUGGGGCUCUAGGUUCCAGUGUGGUGCUGUGGACGUUGCGUGGCUGCGGAGAAGGUGCCACUGCGCCCAGUCGUCCGUAUUUCCAGGGCUUCGGCGGGCGGGAGCGGCUGUCACCUUGACCCCGGGCGGCCCCCGCCGGGUGGGUGUGGCCGGGCCGCGAGCCGGGGUCCGGCCGCCUGGGUUCAGGCCCGGAGUGAGUCCCUGCGAGCGGACCCGGGGCAAGAUACGGUCCUCCUGCUGGCGGCGCCCUCUUUCCAGCCACCCGCUGGGCCCGGAGAGGACGUUCGUGGCUCUGUGGCCGCCGAGGCGCCCCAGUCCCCAGGGCCCGCGUUUGACCUAUAAAGCUUGCAGAGAAGGUCGCCCGAGGAGCAGAGUAGCCUUCCAGAGUAAGUCAUGCUCUGUGAGCUGGUCACGCAGUUCACGGUCAGAGGGCUGAGCCAGUGUCCAUUUUCCCGCCAUAAACCAGCUGCGUGACUUUGAGCAACUCCCUGGGGGUCUCUGGAGCCAUGACUGCUUCAGGCCUAAGAUCCUUGAACCCAGAGUAUCUCUUAACUUUCCUCCCAAUUCUAGCAUCCCGUCAGUCUGUUUUUAUUACUCUCUUAAAGGUUGUAACCAUAACCAGGGUAAAUCUCCUUGUUUGGGAGAGAGAGUUCUGAUGUCAGGGCUGAGGAAUCCAGAACGGGGCGCCCAAGGCUGAGAACCUAGCCAGAGGUGAGGGCAGUGGAGCAGCUGGAGCAUUUGAAUCUCUGAAAUUUAGAGCCAGCGCCACCCCAGUGCUGCUACCUUAGGUGCCUUCUCAGACUUGUGCCAGACAUUUACUUUGCAACACUCUGUAGUUCUGAAGACCAGUGGCUUGGGAGGGUGGGCAGUUUAUUGUCCUAUACGUGAUCUCUAUCAGCCCAUUGGCAUUCUUCAGUGGAUAACUGUCCUUUCUUCAGCCUUAAGAUGACUGCCAUGGAAACACAGAUUCAAGCUCCUCUACUUUCUGACCAUAUUAGCAGCCCUUGACCACUCUUAACAAACUUCUGGACUGCCUCCCCAGUGACAGAGGGCACCCAGGCAUGGAGUGGGGUGGGGACUGGAAGGUUCUCUUCUCAAUCCUGCUAGGCUAAUAUUUGUGAUUUUCAGUAGAGUUCACUUUGUAAUGUGUGUCUCUGACUCCAGAAUUUCAAGUUCCACUUAGUGAUUCCUAACUGAAGAUGGCUUCCAAGUGAGGCAACGGAAGAGACUUGAGCUUCACGGUAUAGUUGCAAGGCUUUUUUUUUUUCCUGAGCUGAACAAUGGCUGUAGCUGUGGACCAACAAAUCCAGACUCCACAAGUACAAGGUCUUCAAAUAGUGAAACAGGAAGAAGAUUCCCACUGGGAGCAGGAAAUUUCCCAUCAAGAGAAUGACGCUGACCCAGAGACAUCCUGCCAGAACUUUUGGCAUUUUCGCUAUCAAGAAGCAUCAGGACCGCGAGAGGCCCUCAACCAACUCCAGAAGCUCUGUCACCAGUGGCUGAGACCAGAAAAGCAUACAAAAGAACAUAUCCUAAAGUUGCUAGUCCUAGAACAGUUCCUGACUGUCCUUCCCCUGGAGACCCAGAUCUGGGUUAGACAACAACAUCCAGAGAGUGGCGAGGAAGCAGUGGCUCUGGUAGAAGACUUACAGAAAGAGCUUCGAAGACAGACGCUGCAGGCAGUGGUGAAGAGCUCACAGGCAGAAGCAGAUGAACAAUUGAGCCACAGCCCCAAAAUAGAACCCCAAUCCUUCCAUGACAGCGCCCUGCCUGGUGCUCAGGCUCUGGGAAUUCCUACAGAGAAGAGCUGUGGUGGCCAGGGGAUGGAGCUGAUGACAUUUGGCGAUGUGGCUGUAUAUGUCUCCCAGGAGGCACCGAGGAAACUGGAACCUGGACAGAAGAACCACCUAGAAGUAAUUUGGCAGAACUCUACAAAGGGAGUCUUGCUAGGUGUACCGGACUGUGGCAGAGCAGCUGCGAGAGCAUGGCUUCCUGCAGACCCUGGAGCAGUGUCACUACUGGUUCAAAAACCUCCAGACCUUCCAGACUGGCCUGGGAGCGGGGCGGGCAGCCGUGAGGGAGCCUUGGCGGUCUCGGAGGCGGCAGCGGGUGCCUCAGCUGUCCAGCCUGCCGAGAGGGGAGCUGCCGCAGCAUUGGGCCCAUGGGGGGCCCCGGGAGCCCAGCUGAGGGGCAGCCUGCCUGCGGCCCUGGCGCCACCAGCCUGGGAGCUGAUCAGGCCUUCGGUGAGCGAGUUGUCGCGAGCCGUGCGGACCAACAUCCUAUGCACUGUGCCUGGCUGCGGCAAGAUCCUGCCCAACAGCCCCGCGCUCAACAUGCACCUAGUCAAGAGCCACCGCCUGCAGGACGGCAUAGUAAAUCCAACAAUAAGAAAAGAUUUGAAAACCGUACCAAAAUUCUACUGUUGUCCAAUUGAAGGAUGCCCUAGAGGCCCCAACAGACCAUUUUCUCAAUUUUCUCUCGUAAAACAGCACUUUAUGAAAAUGCAUGCCGAGAAGAAGCAUAAAUGCAGUAAGUGCAGCAAUUCGUAUGGCACGGAGUGGGACUUGAAGAGGCACUUGGAGGACUGCGGCAAGACCUUCCAGUGCACAUGUGGCCGUCCCUACUCUAGCAGAACCGCGCUGCAGUCCCACAUCUACCGAACUGGCCACAAGAUCCCCGCAGAACACAAGGAUCCACCUAGUAAGAAAAGGAAAAUGGAAAACUGCCUGCAAAACCAGAAGUUGUCCAGUAAGACCGUUGAACCAUUGAGCAACCAACCAGUCCCUACACCAGACACUCAAGAACUAGAAGCUUCAGAAAUAAAGCUAGUAGCACCUUUCGAAGAUUCCUGCGGCUCUAAUGCCAGAAAGCAGUCGCUUACUACGCCUCCGAAAUAUCCUCAGAAGUUGCUUUUACCAAAGCCCGAGGUGGCUUUGGUUAAACUACCCAUGAUGCAGUUUUCUCCCAUGCCUGUCUUUGUGCCUACAGCCGACUCCUCGGCCCAGCCUGUGGUGUUAGGUGUGGAUCAGGGCUCUGCCAUGGGGGCUGUCCACUUGCUGCCCUUGUCGAUAGGAAUGAUCCUUGGCCUAGAUUCAGAGGCUUACUCUCUUAAGGAGAGCCUACCUCUUUCCAAGAUUGAGCCAGUUAGUACAGGUAUUCAAGUGAACUUGGGUAAAAGUCCAUCCACUCCUUCACAGGAACUUGGGAACACAUGUCAGAAGAACAGCAUUUCUUCAACCAAUGUACAGACAGAUCUGCCUUAUGUCUCAGAAAACCUUAUACCUUCUACACAGUGGGCUAGCCCUGAUUCCUCUGUGUCGUCUUGUUCCUAGACUGACUUGUCAUUUGAUUCUCAAGUGUCCCUUCCCGUAAGCGUUGACACUCAAACGUUUUUGCCCAGCUCUAAGGUAACUUCGUCUGUUGCUGCUCAGACUGAUGCGUUUACAGAUGUUUGUUUCCAGUCAGGUGGGAUCUCCAGAGAGACUCAAACCAGCAGGAUGCGGAGUCCGACCGAUGACCCCAUGCAGACGGACCAAGCUGGAAUGUGCAGAGACAUUUUUGAGAGUGUUCAUUCAUCGUAAAGUGUUGCUACUGACAAUAUCACAAGCAGCAGUUUAGUAGCAGAGACAGUAACUCAUGGUUUGUUGCCUCAGAACGACCCUAAGACUUUAAAUCAAGAUAUUGAGAAAUCUGUAGAUAUAAACUUCAGCGCACAGAAUGGUAUGCUUCCUUCACAGAACAUGACGGAUAAUCAGACCCAAACCGUGGAUUUGUUAAGUGAUUUAGAAAACAUCUUGUCAAAUAAUCUGCCUGGUCAGACGCUGGAUAAUCGUAGUCUUUUGUCUGACACGAAUCCUGGACCUGACACCCAGCUCCCAUCUGGCCCAACCCAGAAUCCCGGAAUAGAUUUUGAUAUCAAAGAGUUCUUUUCAGCUUCAAAUAUCCAGGCUCAAACUGAAGAGAGUGAACUUAGCACCAUGAAUGCUGAACCAGUCUUGAAAUCACUGGACAGAGAGACGCAAACUGACUUCUUACUCGCAGACACCUCCCCUCAGUCCUAUGGAUGCAGGGGAAAUUCUAACUUCUUAGGCCUUGAGAUGUUUGACACGCAGACACAAACAGAAUUAAACAACUUUUUAGACAGUAGCCCUCAUCUGCCUCUGGGAAAUAUUCUGAAACACACCAGCUUUUCCAUGAGUAUGGAUUCGUCUGACACAGAGACCCAAACUGAAGGAAUUUGCACUGCUAAAAACAUACUUGCUCUAGAAAGUAAAGUUCAGUUGAACAGUGCAGAAACACAGACCAUGAGUUCUGGUUUUGAAACCCUGGGGAGCUUGUUCUUCACCAGCUAUGAAACUCAGACAGCAAUGGAUGACUUUCUCCUGGCUGAUUUGGCCUGGAACACGAAGGAGUCUCAGUUCAGCUCUAUAGAGACCCAGACGUGUGCUGAACUGCACAGAGUCUCCAACUUCUAAAAGUGGAGUCCGUGUAUGGGAUGGCGUUUACCAUUUCUUUCUGCAUUUGGAAAAUGGGGAACAGGGACAGCAAUAUUAAUUCUGUUGAAUGUAGUCGAUGAUGCAGUUGAUUUGAUUCUUUGCAGUUCUUGCCUUUUGUACUUAUAAACAUGAAAUUUGUGUAUAAAUGUGAGUGUAUUAUAAAGUGUAAGAUGUUGAUCUAAAAAUAAUUGUUUUUGUGUUGCCUACAUUUGCCCUUUUACAGCUAGUCUUUCCAUCUUUUAAAAAAAAAUGUAUUUCACACCUAUAAAACCUAUAUAGCCAUUUAGCUGAAACCAAGCUUACCAGGUACUAGGGUACAGACUUCUCAAAUCUUCAAAACAUUUUAGUCGCAUGUAACAUACUUAACUUAAAUUGCAUGUAAAAUAUAAUUGACAGUGCUUGUUAGAAAUUCCUGUUUCUUGAUAGUAAUAUCUAGAAGAUCUGAUGCUGCCACCAUCAGAUUUAAACAACAGUGCUUCUGUGGUUUAACACUCUUGCUACCUGCAGUUUCUUCUACUUUGACAUCUCUUUUUCCGAUUUGAAAACACCAAGGAAAACUACAGCUGUCUUUAGCUUUUUAGGUAGUUUUCAUGUAGCCAAUGCCAUCCCUCUACAUGAGCUCUUAUUGAUACAAAUAUUAGUGUGUGGUACUUUCCUUAUAAGAAGUUCGUUGCUAUAAAAUUACUGCCUCUAGAAAGAGCAGCAAGCAUAGUGUAAAUAAUAACCCUGCUAAAUAAAAGUCAUCCAAAAAGUUCCAUCCAAUCGUGGAAACACAGGGUGACUAUGUAGUUCGUCCUGGAAUGCACUUUAUGAUCAUCCUGUCUGCUUUCCAUGAUAGGCCGGAGUGGAGCCCUGAAGCUAUUUCCCAAAGUGCACCCACAGGCUGGAUCUGAGUUUUGUCACUCUCAGUGUUAAAUAAAAAGUGAGAAGUGAAAAGGACAUUCCCCCCCUAGAUUUCAACACUUUGCACUUCUACUAAGCUUGAUAGGGCAAGAGUGUAAUCUACAAUUUUAAAGUGAAUUUUUCUUCCAUCUGCCACUUGUUAUCUUUCCCUUGAAUAAGAAAAGACAUUGGUCUAGCAAGGAUAUUGUUUGUGCCUUGAGGCUAGCAAUUAUAGAAUAGAUCCAUCUAAAAUAUGGUAUUCUGCAUUUUGUUGCUUUAUUUUUUAAAAGAGACUAAUAGCACAGUCUUCAUCAAAGAAAACAAAGGUGAACCUAUUGUUUCAAUAAGAACAUUUACUAUGUUUUCAGAUGGGAGCACGAUCAAGUAUGCUCUGGGGGUUUUCUGUAUUUGGGAAAUCCUGAAUUCUUAAUUGUUGGGCAACUUUCAGGCAGGUAAGCAUCAGUGCAGCCUGUAAGUUCUCUAAGUUUACAAAAAAAAAAAAAAGCACACUCGUGCUGCUGAAGGCUAACUUCUCAAAAUAAAACCUAAGAAGGGGACUAAUGAUUCAUUAAAGCAAAUUGAUGGUUUUGCUACUAAUUCUUAUCCCAUACAUCUGAUACAAAAGAAGUGCUGGUAAUGGAUAAAUAAUAUAUCCUAGGCAGAUGAAUUCAACCUAGUAGAUAAAAGUUUGCUUUGGUCACAGUUGCCUAUGAACAUGGGUUUCAAAACAAACAUAAAGCCUUAUCUUAGAAUUUCAUUAUGUUUUAGAACUGUCACUGCCUUAAUGUUCAAACAUCUAUUUAAGUCCUCCAAAUAAAGGAAAAAUGCAUGUCUGUGGCUUUUUGUAAAUAUAUGUACAGCGAUCUAUGGCUUUAAAAAAUAAAACAUUUUGUUUCUGUGAAAAAAAAAACCUCCAGACCAACUAGCGCAAAGCCAGGAGCACCUACAUGCCAGGCACCUGUGCCUUCUAUGACAAGAUGGAUGCCCUGAUGUGCCCACGGGUCACCACCCCCAUUCCAGAGGUGGCAGGGGGGUCUGCCCGCGCAGCACGAUGUGGAGCAUGAAGAACUGCACAGGGCUUGCUGGCAGCAGGAGGUGGCGAUGCUGGCAGAGGCUAUGUUAGGAAGCAGGUCGGGGAAGCAGGGGCGGAACCUAGGCUGUACAGCGGCAUCUUUGGAAGAAGGGCAUUCAGAAGCCAUGACAGGAUUCUGAGGGGGAAGAACGGUGGAUCCAAGAAGCAUCCGGAAGCCCUGGUAUCCCAGCCCUGUUUUCAGAGUCCUGCUGGUAAGUGCUACUGGUAUCAUGAGCAAGAUGGGAGGGUCCCACUUAUUAACAGAGUUUGGAGAGAGCCUCAUCCCAAAUAGUUCUCUAAGAAGUGACAUUUGGGUUCAGGGCUCAUUGUAAUAGUUUGGAAAGGGCAAGGAAAGACUAUGUACAAAUGGAAGCUCCCUUUGUUCACUUGAGUAAUUGAGAAAAAGGAAGAACGAUUAUUUAAGAAUGUUUAUAAGCCUAAAAAUAAAUAUGUGCAUAUUGUUGGAUCAAGUCCUGUCACAGAGGGAAAAACCCAUUUGAUUAUUUUUCAGAAAAUCACUAAAAUGCUGUGGUGGGCAUGGUGUCUUCUGCUAUCUUCAUUACAAAACAAACCAGUAGCAUUGUCUUGGCUUAACCACUGUACCCUUUCCCCAGGUGUGCACUGGGGGUAUGAAGAAAUUAAACGUUUUCUUCUGAAAACUAGACCUUCCUGGGAGGUGCUUCCAUUCUCAUUUCACCUGCCACUUCCAGAUAUGAGAAGAGAAAGUCAAUCACAGAACUCCAUGUCCCUUCUUGCUUUUCCUUGAGCAGGACUUCCAGUUCCCCAGCCAGAUGGGGUCACAAGGCUGCAGAGAAGUGAGGGGCUUUGGAAUGUCGAUCUUCAGGAUUUGGAGGAGACUCAGAAAACUUCCUCUGCAGGUGGGAAGUGAGUGGGAGCUAGUACUCCACCAAAACAGUCACCCCAGGAGUUCUCAACAUGGACAAGCCAGCGCUGAGAGAGGAACCCAGGCACUUAGCAUUCCCAGCUCUGUGAUGCUGAAAAGACAGGAGUUGGGAAAAGAACAGAGAAGCGGGCAGCACUCAGGAAAGCCUAUUCCCCUAAGUUUAAACCUUAGUUACCUUGGGAAAAGAUACAACUGAAUUAUGAGUGUUUAUGAUUUUCCCUUUAUCUGAAUUUUAAUUAUGAUUAAUUAUCACUUAACCAGGCUAAUAGAAAAAGUGAUCACGGAAAACCCCAAAUUAAAAUUACAGGGAUGGCGGGGCCCAGGUAGGCUAUGGGUGUGUGCCGCGGCCACCACUGCCCUCUUUGGAGGCGCAGGUCGGGCAGGAGCCACGUUUGUGGUGUGCAGCAUCGCGGCAGACCAUGAGGAUCUCAUCCAUGAUGUCUCCUUCGACUUCCACAGGUGGCGGAUGGUGACCUGCUCCAGCGAUCAGAGCGUUAAGGUCUGGGAUAAAAGUGAAAGUGGGGAUUGGCAUUGUACUGCUAGCUGGAAGACACAUAGUGGAUCUGUAUGGCGUGUGACAUGGGCCCAUCCUGAAUUUGGAUAGGUUUUGGCUUCCUGUUCUUUUGACCGAACAGCUGCUAUAUGGGAAGAAAUAGUAGGAGAAUCAAAUGAUAAACUUCGAAGCCAGAGUCACUGGGUUGAAAGGACAACUCUAAGGAUAGUAGGACAUGUUACCAAUGUGAAAUUUGCUCCCAAGCAUAUGGGUCUUAUGCUAGCAACCUGUUCAGCAGAUGGUAUAGUAAGAAUAUACAGGGCACCAGAUGUUAUGAAUCUCAGCCAGUGGUCUCUGCAGCUUGAGAUCUCACAUAAGCUGAGCUGUAGUUGUAUUUGUUGGAACCCUUCAAGCCCUCAGGCUCAUUCUCCCAUGAUAGCUGUAGGACAAUAGUCCCAUGAUAGGACAAUAGUCCAAAUACAACGGCCAAGGUUCAGAUUUUUUAAUAUAAUGAAAACACCAGGAAAUACACAAAAGCUGGAACUCUUAUGACAGUCACUGAUCCUGUACAUGAUAUUCCAUUUGCUUCAAAUUUGGGAAGAUCUUUCCAUAUUCUAGCAAUAGCAACCAAAGAUGUGAGAAUUUUUACAUUAAAGCUUGUGAAGAAAGAACUUACUUCCUCUGGCGGGCCAACAAAAUUUGAAAUCCAUAUCGUGGCUCAAUUUGAUAAUCAUAAUUCCCAGGUCUGGCGAGUGAGUUGGAAUAUAACAGUGCUAGCAUCUUCAGGAGAUGAUGGCUGUGUAUGAUUGUGGAAAGCUAAUUAUAUGGACAGUUGGAAGUGUACUGGUAUUUUGAAAGGUAAUGGGAGCCCAGUCAAUGGGAGUUCUCAGCAGGGAAACUCAAAUCCUUCCCUAGGUUCAAAUAUUCUAAAUCUUCAAAAUUCAUUAAAUGGAUCUUCUGCUGGCAGAAAGCAGAGCUGAGUACAAGCUAACUGGAGUAACUUUGCUGUCUUGCUGUUUGUUGCAUGCACACAGGAAUGGAAAGCAAGCUCCUUUUCCCCUUCCCCAGCGCCACUUGACUUCUCCCAAGAUACACCAGCAGCCUGCUUACUGCUAAAUGCAGUCCAAAAGGCCUUUAAAAAUACAGUGUAUAUCAUUUUUGUGUACUAGUCAGUUUACUGACACUAUUUGAAACUUUUAAAAUAUAAAGGAGAGGCUUUUUGUUGAGAUGUUAUCACCAAAACAAUUUUUUGAAAUGUUCCUGAAACUAACUUGGGUUUAAAAAUUAAAAGGAUUGUUACCAUCCUUAUGUAAGUAGUUGGAAGGAGGAAAAAUAUCACUUUAUUUCAUUUGGAGAAUAUUGGCAUAUUUCUUUUGUUUCCUAAAACAGUAAACUUUAAAUGAUGAAUUUUUAUACUUUUAAUUUGAAAACUGAAUAAAUAUUUUUUAUAAA